AUGUUCACCAAGUCCUUCUUCGCGGGCGCCGCGCUCCUCCUCACCCUGACCGCGCAGGCCAGCGCGCACGCCAUCCCCGUCCCGGCCCUCGGCGCCGCGAACCCGGCGCGCAAGGACACGCAGCGGCCGUCGAACAACUCGCCGUGCGGCAACGUCAACAUCGCGCAGAACAUCGACUCCUCCAAGGCGACCCCCGCCGGCGCCGACGGCUCCGUGACCAUCGGGGUGCAGAACUUCAACGGCGGCGGGGACGGCUCGCGCUCGGUGUCGGUGCAGGUCGACGCGUCGGGGCAGGGCAAGAGCUUCGUCGCGGGCACCGUGACGAAGAACGGCGACCCGAGGCCGAACGGGAACGGCGUCGACCAGGUCACGUUCAAGCUCCCCGCGGGCACCAAGUGCGCCGGCGGCAAGGCGGGCAACCUGUGCCUCGUGUCCGUGAAGACGACCGCCGGCUUCGGCGCGUGCACCGUCGUGUCGCAGGGCGCUGGCGGCGGAAACAACAACAACGCGGGCGCCGCUGCCGGUGCCGCCGCCAACAAUAACGGCAACAAGAACAACGGGGGCAACAACAACCAGAACAAGAACCAGAACGCGACCCCGCAGAACAACAACGCCGGCAACAACAACGGCGCCGCCAACAACGGAAACAAGGGCCAGGCCGCGGCCAAAACGCAGAACGCCAAAACGCAGAACGCGAAGGGCAAGGGCAAAGGAAAGGGCAAGGGCAAGGGCCGCAAGAACCGCAAGCAGCAGCAGCAGAACGCGGUGAAGGUCGCGGGCCGCUUCGCGCCGGCGCUCCUCCGCCGCGGGCUCGUCGCGGACGAGGGCAUGCUGCACUGA